AUGGCUCGGCUUCGUGUUAGAUUUCGGGCUGUCUCUGGGUCUUCGGUUCUACGAUUGCUAGAACACUACGCUGGAUGCUUGGACGCUGCGGACUUCGAUUGGUUUUUGCGAAGUAAGAAAUUGAAGGUAAAGAGGUGGACUCUGAACCUCACUUCGUUCGAAAGGGGAAUAUCGAGACGCCAUCGCGAACUACAUCGGUUACGAGGUAGGGACCUUCCCAAUUGGUCCCAAGUUUUCCCGCACCGGGCUCUUUGGUAUAGUCUUGUACUUUUCUCAGACCAUGUCGCCUAUAUGAAAUCUUCGGUGCUUAACCUUGGAAUUAUAAUAGCGAGCUGCGGCCUGUUGAUAGUUUUGUAUCCGGAUCAGAGCUUGAUCUCGACGUUCGUCGAUAAGGUCAAGGUGAUCUCUCAACAUUUCUUCGUUCAGCUCGACGUUCGCUGGACAUUGCAUCCUGCGAAGACUUGGAACGGAAGUUUCAGUUGGGAUGACGGCCUCUAG